UUGAAAAGAAAAUGAGAAGAAAACAUAUUACUCGAGAGUCUCCAGUCAGCAGUAACAAAUAAGAACCCUUUUCGUUUUCUUUCCUCUUUCCUUCUUCUUCUUCUUCUUCUUCUCACUGAUCGAUAAAUCGAAAUGCAGAAACCCUAGAUUUUCAAAAACAAAAAUAAACAAUUAACUAGGUUGCCUGAAAAUGAAUUGUUGGCUAUUGUAGUUCGUGGGUUGAGCGGUUAUUCGAGAAAUACAGAGAUAUAUACAUAUUAACUGAAAGUUUCUUAUGUUCGAUUUUGGUAAUUUAAAUUAUUGAAUUUUACUAUUUUUUUUGAAUCGAUGGCUAGGCGGCAUGGGUGGCAACUUCCUGCUCACUCCUUCCAGGUUGUGGCUAUAACGGUUUUUUUCCUAUUAUCGGUUGCUUUCUAUGCAUUUUUUGCUCCGUUUCUCGGAAAGGACAUUUACGAGUACUUAGCGACAGGAAUUUAUUCCUUCCUAGCACUCUCUGUAUUUAUACUUUACGUGAGAUGCACCGCUAUUGACCCUGCUGAUCCCGGAAUCCUCGUCGAAGUCGACAAGUCAUCAACUUACACAUCACAUAUCGGGACAGAGUUGCCUGGUAAUUUAUCUACGAAUGAAGAGCCAACUAAAUUAGGAUUAAAGAAUGGAGGAAAAUUGAACAGCCAUGAUGGAGGUUGUUGUUCGAAAAUUGGAGGUUGUCUUUGCUGUUUCAUUGUGAAGAAGGAUUGCCGUAAAGACGAAGAUCUUGAAAACGGGGAGGAAGAUGCUUUGUUCUGCACACUGUGCAAUGCUGAGGUUCGCAAAUUCAGUAAACAUUGUCGAAGUUGUGACAAAUGUGUUGAUGGAUUCGAUCAUCAUUGCCGGUGGCUAAAUAAUUGCGUGGGCAGGAAAAACUACAUUACGUUUAUAUGCUUAAUGGCUGCAAGCCUUUUCUGGCUUGUAUUUGAGUGUGCAGUGGGGAUUGCGGUUCUUGUUCGUUGUUUUGUCGAUAAAAAAGCUAUUGAGAAUGAAAUCGUUGAUAGGCUUGGUGACGGAUUUUCUCGCCCACCCUUUGCUACUGUGGUGGCUCUCUGUACAUUCGUGUCUUUUCUCGCAACCGUGCCGUUGGGAGAAUUGUUCUUUUUCCACAUCAUUCUUAUCCGAAAGGGUAUCACAACGUAUGAAUUUGUGGUUGCUAUGAGAACUCAAAGCGAACCACCGGGACCUUCAGUCGACGGUGGAGAUCAAGAUCAAGAUGAAGAGCAACAACAAAGUUUGCCUUCUUCACCGACGAGUUCUGCUGUCACUGCCGUUAGCGGCAGAAGCUCCGUCGGAAUGGGGUUGCAAUAUAAAGGCGCUUGGAAGUGUACACCGCCCCGGAUAUUUAUGGAUCAUCAGGACGAAAUCGUCCCUCACCUCGAGCGGGGACGACUACCAUCAACAGUAGACCCAGACUCAGUGGACAAGGGCAAAAGAGUCAUUCAACAGCGCCCGGUCAGAAUCAGCGCAUGGAAGCUCGCUAAACUGGACUCAAACGAGGCAAUCAAAGCAGGCGCUAAAGCCAGAGCCUCGUCUUCCGUCUUACGCCCUGUAGGUUCGAAACCCCACCACUAUGAAGACUACUCAUCGGGCAAGAGCAGCCCCACCACCACCACCACCACCACCACGAGACGCGGAAAUUACGAUAAUAACCCCGGGUCCAACAAGAGCUCUUACCCUCCCAGUCGUGCCAGUAGGGACGAAACCGACAUGAGCAACUUGAGCAGCAGCCCGGUCGCCCCGAGCCACAACAGCCCGCUGGACCGCCACUUCAACCCCGUGUACCAGCAGUCGCCAGCUGGCGGUGCUGACGUGGCAAGGGCCCCAGCUGGAAGGGGCGGUCCGGGCCCCGCUUCUGUGUAUUGGGAUCCGGAAGCGGGUCGUUUCGUAUCUUCUGCGGGCCGGGUUUCGGGUACGGAGCUUACGUAUACGGGUCAAUCCAUUUUCUUCGGUGGCCCGCUUGUGAACGAGGGUGGUGCGGGAGCUUCCGGAAGAUCGAUGUCAGGUGGGGGUGGUGGCCCCCAGAGAGGUUCGAGCUCGAGUUACUAUCAGCAGGGGAGGUCGCAGCGUGGGGGCCAGCUUCCCGUGUUUGUUCCUAGUGAUUCGCAGCAGCAAAACCAGUUCUCGUCUCGAUUGGAAUAAUGUUUUUUUUUUUUUCAUGAAAUAUUUGCUUGUUAGUUUUUUUUAUUAGGGUAGAUUUUAGAUGUCAUGUUUUUUGUUUCAGUUUUCUCCAUGCAAAUACUGUACGUUCUAUGGUAGUUAGAGCUUUUGUCGGGUCCGAUCGGGGCCGAAUCUAUUUGGAUCCGACUUCAUUCCAAUUUCCAAUCCCCAUUCGAUUC